AUGAGCCUUGAUCCGAGCUCGUUUCCGCGGUCGAACUCCCCCGCAAGCUCCGACAGCUCCUUUACACGCUCUCGUCUACGAGGAAAGGAAGAGUCCCUAAGGAAAGAUAAAAACUACCGUCGUUAUGCUUCUAGUGUCGAAAGAGCACUAUCGUUAUUUGACACAGCUUUGCAGGAAUGGGCGGACUACAUCUCGUUUCUCAGUCGCCUCUUGAAGGCGCUUCAAUCUCAUCCACCAGACUUGCCAGUUGUCCCGCACAAGGCACUCGUUUCCAAGCGUCUUUCUCAGUGUCUGAAUCCCUCACUGCCAUCGGGUGUUCAUCAGAAGGCUCUUGAAGUAUAUACUUAUAUCUUCAACUUGAUCAAGGCCGAAGGGUUAUCACACGACCUGCCCUUGUAUCUGCCGGGCAUAGCGCCUACCCUGACCUUCGCUUCUCUCACCGUUCGCCCUCUGUUUCUUUCGCUAGUGGAGACUCAUAUUUGCUGUCUAGAGCCAUGGGCUAUCCGUCCGGCUCUGAAAGCCAUUAUCUUGGCCCUCCUACCUGGGCUGGAGGAGGAGACAAGCGAUGAUUUUGAUUUCACGCUACGACUUGUGAACAAAUUUCGUGAUAUCGCUACUCAGCUGGAUACACAGAGACCUAGGGCUGACGCCAAUUUGAGUGGGCAGUACUUCUGGCAAUGUCUGUUCUUAGCGUCAAUCACCAGCCCCAGUAGACGCUCAGGCGUCCUUGCCUACCUGAACCGCUAUCUGCCAAAAUUGGGAAUUGCCGAUCGCAGACCAAGUAAGAGUGAUAGGAGUAAUUUCAGUGAGCUGCCACAUGAAAUGCGAGUGGCAGUCGACUCCGUUAUUUUGCCCGAGCCUGGUUUGCUCAUCAGAUGUUUUGCGUCUGGCCUGGCGGAUGAUCAAAUUCUCGUCCAGCGAAAUUUCCUCGAUUUACUCGUAACUCACCUCCCACUUAGCUCCCCCAUGCUACAGUCGCGAAUCUCAGAUGAUGAUCUUCGAAAACUGAUCAUUGCCGCUGUAGGAGUCGUCGCUCGUCGGGACAUGAGCUUGAACAGGAGAUUGUGGGCGUGGUUUCUUGGACCGGAGGCUGCCAACGAUCGAAUCUCUUUCGAGCGCGAUCCAGUGUCUGAUUUGCACCCCGUGGAUGACAAGCAAUUAUCUCAGUCAGAAUAUUUCAGUCAAUUCGGGCUGACGCCCCUUGUCAAGGGCCUCCUCCAAAUGAAUGAGCAUGAGACUACGAUACCCUCCGAAAGGUCAAGGCCAUUUCGAGUCUCUCUUUCCUUAAUGGACAGAUGGGAAGUCGGAGGUCAUAUUGUUCCCGCGGUUUUUCUGCCGCUGAUGCGGAAUAUUCAGGCGUUUGAGACAGUAGCCACCAAACAACAGUUCGAUGAAGUUUUCCGCAGCGCCAGCGCCUUCUUUGAUGGCGUCGAGAGCGGCGUAAUCUUUUCGGAAUUGCUCAAUCUGAUCAAUUGGCGUGUGGGGGGUAAUAGUGCGCAGGUCCUGGAUGAUUUGAAACUUGCCCAAUUCAUUCUGGACAAUUUCAAUGUUCGGGAGGAGGAUAUGAUUCUGACUCACGUUCCUCUAUUAACUCUCACGAUACUUGUGAAAUUGACUGAGCUUUCAACUUCUGACAGCUUUUCCAUCACUCUUCGGCAACGACAUGAGAUAUUUAGCGGGCUCACAACUGUCAUAAACACCUUGACAGGGCUACUCACAGAGCGAUCAUUCACAAGAAAAUCCGAUUCGAGCAAAACCGCAACGGAUUAUGAUCGUAUCACCGAUCUCGAUGAUGGCGAACUUAUCAAUAAGAUUCACGAGUUCUAUGAUCAAAGUCGAAGCAGUCUGGAUCCGCCACCUCCUCCAUUUAUGCCCAGGCACUUGGGAAAUCUUAUAUUACUCAAAGCCCACAAUCUUGCUGUAUCAGCGCUCGAAAGUCGCAAUGAUUACAUACCAAUUCUGGAGUCUGUCAAUCUUCUGAUAUCCUUGCUAAAAAGAUUACCUAAAUCAUAUGUGCUUCAGGAUAGACGUUUCUACCUGGCCAUUUGCAGUCGAACAAACUUGGACAAGAUUGAACAGUCUACUGGUUCUUUCUCUGCCAUUUCUUCUAUUGUCUCCGCAGUGACUAGUCUGUACUUUAUUCAGACUCCUGGGUACUACAUCAAUUAUGAGGAUAUCACAGACCUUAUACCGAUGCUGGUCCGCCAUCUUUGGCAUUUUCUUUCACCCGCGAGCCCAAAGUUUCAUGUAGAGGCGGUCCGCUGUCUCUGGAAUCUACAUUCUGUAUCUUGGCCCGACCACAUCGUCGAAGCAUCCAUUGCGUCUCUCAUGGUUGAUACGUGUCUAAAUUCCCAACAUCUGUCGUCCGAACCGAAUGUGGCGAAGUACUUUAUUCUCUGGAAUCAUAGCCACCAUGGUUCCUAUGAACUUCCUCCCAAACAAGUACAUGAUGGAGGAGAACCUGGCGCUUCCUAUCACUCUUCGAUGCUGGAGCGCCCGCUUUUUAUUGUUCUAGAUCUUCUUUCCCAAAGCCAAAGUGAGGGCUCUCUGGUUGUCCAGCGAUGGCUGCAGGAUCUACCAUCCAUCCAGAAGGUUUUCCGCAUUGUGGCUUUGCGACUGGAAGGUCUUUUGUUGCGAGAAAAUCAGCCAACAACGGACGAUGAUACUGCAAUUAUAUCUGCGGACGAUUAUAAGGAGUGCAACUACCUUCUACGACUUCUCCACGAUAUUAUCAGUUCGCUAUCAAACAGUGGCUGGGUGGCUCUAUUAACGCACAAAUUACAUCAGCAGGAUAAACAACAUGAUGUCUCUGGAUCUGAGGAACAAGCGGAAAACCAGACCCUUCACUGGGUCAUAUUCCAAACAUGUCUCAAAAUCACCAGUGGAACAAUAAAGAACUCGGCACAUGCUACUUCCGAUAAGGUCCAACUACAACAAACCUCUUUGGUUGUCAUGCGGCAACUCCUACUGGGGCCAGGGGCCGAGGAAAUUGCCGAGUCUGGUAUUGACUCAUUCCUUGUUAAUCGACUAUCUUCUGUUCUGGACGAAGGGGACAGCGUUCCAUUACAAAUGGCCAUGAUUGAUACCUUGCUUGCGGCGUUAAAAGUUCGAUUUGCUCAAGCUUACCUGCCACCGCCCCCUCCUAGACCGAAGCAUCAGCGAGCACCAUCCCGAGAACGCUUAACAAGUCCAUCGAUCCUUUCAUUCACAAGUGAUAAGGCAGAUAAAGGGCCAGCUCCUCCUUCUCUGCCUCAGCCUCCCCCGCAGCUCUUAGAGUGUCUCCUCAAGGGCAUCAGCUCUCGAGAUUCAAGAGAGAUUAUAGACAAGUGGACUCAGUUGCUCUGUGAAGUGCUCCCAUUAUACUCGACCUCAAUCUUCCAGAUUUUGCUCAUGUUGGUGGAAUGCUUUUGUAAGGAGAUCCAGUUGUCAUAUACGAACCUUCAGCUCUCAUUCAAACAAACCAAAGACUGGCCCGAGGAUCGCUCCGAGCAUACCACCAUUACACUACUUACAGGCUUGGAAACUUGUAUAGCUGCUGCCCACGAGCGUCUUCUCGUGGAAGAGGCAAAUACACCAGCUGUUAAAAGUCCCGAUCAACCCCAUGGAUUUUUCGGCAACAUGGUGUCGGGGGUUUUUACAUCAGACGCCAAUCAAGGACGCUCAGCUGCAGCCAAUAACAGGCUCACAGUUCUAUUGUGCUUCCAGGACGCUGUCCGACUCUGCUUCUCGAUAUGGUCAUGGGGAGCUGUCGAACGAGAUGGUUCGCCACAAGAUGCCGAAUCUCUCGCAUCCUUCCAAUACACGUCUUUACGAAUGCGAAACAGAUCGCGUCGCAUUCUUGAACAUCUCUUCACUGCCGAAGCUCUCGAAUGUCUCGAAACAAUGGUCGAGAUGUGGUCACGAUCCGAUACCGAAACGUCUCCCCUCAUCUUCAGUUUGCUUCACACACUAGAUGGAUCACGGCCGAAGAUCACAAUCCCUGCCAUUUUCAAUGCAAUCUACACCCGAACCAACCCUGCAGCACUGGAUCCAAGCCGGAAAUCCGCCUUAACGUCGAGCCUUACUGAGUCCGAGCUGGCGGGAUUUCUUGUUACAUAUGCUCGGUCGCUUGAUGAUGACGUGCUUGAUGAGAUCUGGUUGGACUGCACGACAUUUCUGCGAGAUGUUCUGAGCAACCCAUUUCCUCACCGACAAAUCUUACCCCGACUGGUUGAGUUCGCUGCUAUUCUGGGAGCGAAGAUGGAGAACACGACCUUUGGCGAGGAUCGUCGGAUGAGAAAGGAAUUAGGGGAUGUCCUGGUCCGAUUGCUCACUGCAAUCUUCACGAGCAAGCCUAUGGGACUAUCUCAGGAUUCCAGUCUGCUGGGAAGACCAUCCCUAGAUUAUGACAACUCUCCGGUACCGCAUGCUGGUCCUGAUGACAUGCUCAGUAUUCUUGCAGUGUCGAUGCCAGCUUUCACCGCUACAUUGGGCGACUCCGAUCGUAUAGUCUCGGCCGUGUCGGGAAUCUCAACUCAUGUGAUUGGACCACUUGUGCGCUCGCGACUCUUCCCCAACAAUCUUAACAGCAGUGUGAUGUCUCUACUGCAAAAUAUUGCGAAGGUUCCCGCUGCUGCGAAAAUCUGGAAAAAGGAUAUAGCCGAUGCGUUCAAUGAUCCUCGUUUUUUUGGCUCACAGAUCGAUCUUGUUCAAACUGGCUGGAUUAAACUCCUCAGACAAUGGGUGCUUGCUGAUAAAGAUCGAUUAGCAGAAUUGAUGGCGCGCCUCCCACCACCAAGCACCGCGGGGCUCAUGUUUGGUGUUGGGGCGUCUGCUGCUCGACUGGAGGCCGACCGCAAGGCCCAGUUGAAUUUGCGAAGAAUAGCUCUGCUGAUUUUGUCUUCGAAUGAUGAUUAUUUCAUUGGGGAACUUCCAGGGUUGCUCCAAAAGUUGGAGGAUCUUUUGGGAGCAACCAGCUCGUCUUCUCCCUCAUCCACCACAAGAGCUGAGAUAUUUAUGGUUCUUCGGGCACUUGCACUCAAAACUACGACGACUACACUUGCUCCUUUUUGGCCAUUGAUCAACGCUGAGCUCCAGGAAGCAAUUUCAGUAGUACCCUCAGCGACACAGCAAGAAGUAUACAACUCAUACUCGCUGCUGCAGGCCUGUAAGCUUUUAGAUACGCUUCUUGUUCUGGCGCCCGAUGACUUCCAGCUCCUUGAGUGGCUCUUCGUCACUGACACCAUUGAUGCUAUCUAUCCACCAGAGAAUUCACAAUCGAUGGGUCUUGCAGAUGAAGUUUCCCAGAGUUUGGGAGUGCGAGGGUCUGCGCCGCCGGGUUCACCACGGGAAGCUACUGAGUCUGGCGACGGGAGAAAGCAACCUGAGCUGACGUCGGACUGGAUCCGUGAAACAGCGAAGGACGAGAUUGUCGAGCGGGUUCUACGGCCGUUUUUUGAUCGACUUAGCAUUCAUGCAUUUGAAAGCACUUAUAGUAUGGGUGUUCCAGAUUUGCAGAGUUGCCAGGACGACUUAUUGGCGGACUUGUUCAAUGAGAGCACCAUGUCCAAUUAG